AUGCCCCAGUUUGCAAUAAUCAGCAAAAAUGUCAGAAAGGCAUCUCCGUCCUCCCGAAAGCUAGCCACACUCGGUUUGGAAUUUCUCAAGCUUCUAUCAAUUGGAUUGAGCAGGAAUAGGAACGCGUAGAAGUUGGAGAUGACAUUUAUACAGCUGAAAUAUGAAGGUCCAGACUCCAAUUUUCCAAGCUUUCAUCACUGCUUACAUGCCAAUCGAAUUCCUCAAUGAAAUUAUCGUGCCAAAAGAAAAUAUCCCCUCUAAUAAAAUACAGUAUUAGCUGCAAAUACUUCUCUAUAUAGCAUUAGCAUUGGAUAGCUCUCAACCACUAUUGACCAUUGAGUUCGUGCUCCAAAUCCUUAAUCCAAGAUACGCGUCAACCACCACUGUGGCAUCGACAACCCACGACGAACAUCCAGGGAAUAUUGAUAUAAAGUAUCACCUUUUGUCCCUCGAACUGCCGAGUAAACACCCAUUGAUCGCAGACUAUGAUGGCCAAAAAAACUCGUUAGGUUUUCUGUGGGUAAGCCACCUCCAAUCUCUCAAUCAGUAACCCUGGUUCGAUCCAACCUUCCUUUCUUUGGUUCCACAAUUUUCGUAUUGGGUUUAUAAAAUUUUACGAAACUGUCAUUUCGAUUUGUUGACGAUUUCAAAGAAUCUUAGAUAAUCUAUAACUCAUUUGUCGAAACCCAAUUAGGAGAAGAAUCUGUAUGAUAAAUUUACUUCGAUUUCUUGGGUCUUACUGGUGAUUCUUGUGCUAUCAUAAAAUGGGGGCCUUGCUAUCGAAAUUUUGGUUCAUGUUGUUCCCCGCGAAGGAUUACAAGAUCGUGGUAGUUGGGUUGGAUAAUGCCGGAAAGACCACGACUUACAAGUUACACUUGGGCGAGGUUGUAACUACGCACCCUACCGUUGGGAGCAACGUCGAAGAGCUUGUCUACGAGACUCUUUCAUUUCAGGUGUGGGACCUUGGUGGACAAGAAAGGCUCAGGACAUCAUGGGCAACAUAUCAUCGAGGAAUUCAUGCAGUUAUAACUGUGAUAGACAGCACUGAUAGAGCCAGGUCUCUAUAAUGGAUCUCUAUAAUGAAGGACGAACUCUUCAGGUUACUAGGACAAGAAGAUCUACAACAUUCUGUUAUACUUGUUUUUGCUAACAAACAAGACCUUAAGGAUGCCAUGACCCCAGCCGAAAUCACCGAUUGCCUUUCCCUUCACAGCAUCGAGAAUCAUGAUUGGCACAUUCAAGCCUGCUGUGCCCUCACAGGAGAGGGGCUGUACGAUGGUCUAAGUUGGAUCGCUCAUCGAGUUACUAGCAAAGCACCAAGUUGAACAAGGAGUGCUGGACGUCGGGAAAGUGAGGAAUUUGUCCAUUCAUUCAUUCAUGGAUUUAGGAUGAGUGAUACAGAAGCCUCUAUUGUGUAUCAUUCUACUGUAUGAGACUUCCAAACAAAUUUGUACAUUGUUCAGUUUUGAUUGGCCAUGGAAAUUGUUAUUUUCUCUUCGAAAGAGCGUUUCAGGGAACACCAUCAUAUCGAAUCAUGUCAGAGACAAAGAAUGCUUUAGAUUUACGCGUGUUGUGCAGCGCAUGGCAUAAAAAAACCAUGGUUCGCGAGGGGAAAAAAGUGCAUUACAAUU